UUUCUUCCACAUACUCUGAAAUUUUUAUUUUUCUCUCGUUUUCUUUCUGUCCAAACAAGGAAAGGAGAAAACUUAUAUGGGAAGAAACGAUUUGUGCAUUACGGUCCCGAAUAUUUUUCGGUGUCCGAUAUCGUUGGACGUGAUGAAAUCCCCGGUGAGCUUGUGCACGGGAGUGACCUACGACCGAGCCAGCAUCCAACAGUGGCUGGACAGCGGCAACAAUACGUGUCCGGCAACCAUGCAAGUUCUCUUAAGCAAGGAAUUCGUCCCGAACAGGAAUUUACAACGACUCAUUCAGAUCUGGUCCGACUCAGCCACUCGCCAUCAACUGGAGGCCAAUUCACCUGUUCCUUCUCACGAUCAUAUCAAUCUAUUGGUCAAGCAGCUCGACAACGAAAAUUUCGUUUCAUCGUUGCAGAAGAUCGUUUGGUUCGCGAGAGAAUCGGAGGAGAACCGCGAAUUCCUGGCCAGGAUCGACGGUUUUGUGAACGCGGUGUUCGAUUUCAUGAUAAAUGUGGAACCGGAUAUCAAAUUAAUCGAACAAGUGGUUGAGAUUUUGAAUUUGAUGUCUAGUAAAAUUUUGGAGAAGAAGUCGUUAUUGGAAUCUGGUCCCUUGUCGAUGAUUCUUCUGGUUAUACAAAGAGGAACUUUAGCUUCGCAAAUCCAUUCAAUUGAAUUACUGAAAUCCAUUGCGGUCGAUGGGGAAUCCAAACUCAAAAUAGCCGAAGAAGAGGCGCUACUACAUGAAUUAGUAAAAUCAUUAAGCAGAGAGAAGGAUCCAAGCUUGAUCGAUGCGAGCCUAUCUUGUUUGAUCGAAAUCACGAUGCGCAAAAGAGUAAAAAUCAAAGUGAUCCAAUCCGGAGCAAUCCCAGAACUAAAGAAACACCUAUCCGAGCCAAACACGAGCGUUUCCAUAAUCGAGAAAUCAUUAAGACUGCUGGAAACGUUGUCGUCUUGCAGUGAAGGAAGGGUUGAGAUAUGGCACGAUUCCAUAUUGCUACAAGCGAUUGUGCAGACGGUGCUGAAAGUGUCGAACAAAGCGACGGAGCACGCGGUGACGAUACUCUGGUGCGUCUGCUGCUUGUUCAGGGACGAGAAGGCGCAAGAAACGGCGGCUAUUAGCAAUGGGAUGACCAAGUUUUUGUUGCUGAUGCAAAGCAAUUGCUCGGCUGCCGUUCGGCAAAUGUCGGCGGAUUUGCUUAAGAUUUCCCGGGUUAAUUCCAAGUCUUGUUUAUCAAGUUAUGAUACUAAAACUACCCAUAUCAUGCCCUUUUGAUGAAGAAAGAAAAACAAAAUCCGUUAGAAAAAAAAGGAAAUUAAUCUUUUGUUAGUGAAAUAUUAAAACAGAAAAUUCAUUCGAAUG